UUGUAUAAAGUGCGCUUAAGACAUGUGUCGUCCUGUUAUGGUUGAGAUAAAACAUGUCAUAGAAAUAUUGUUGUUUACAAUGCUAACGAGUGUCAUAAACUGAGCAAGCCAUCAUCUUUAUAUCUGCCUCUCUUAUCUUUCUUUAUUAAUACUUUCCCAGAUUAGCGUAGUGAUGGCAGCUUCUUUACCUCAGAAGCCAGGCAUGGCAGGGAUGCCCUCUCAGCAGCAGCAACAGCCCCAUCUGCCCCCCGGUGCUCCUGCAGCAGCAGGUCAGCAGCCCAUGCCUCCUCAGGGAGCCCUGAGAGAGAUCUCCCCUGUGUUCCUCUGUCGGAUCGGACAGGAGACCGUCCAGGACAUCGUUACUCGCACUAUGGAGAUCUUCCAGAUUACAAGAGCCACGCAGCUUCCUAAUGGUGUGACUCAGAGUCAGGCCAUGUACCAGGACCGCUUUGGGAAGCUCCAGGAACACCUACGGCAGCUUGCCCUGCUCUUCCGAAAGCUUCGGCUCCUGUACGAACGCUGUGUGGAGAUGACCUCUGACCUGCAGGAGGGGCCAACAGAGCUGCUGCCAUAUGUUGGGGAGGAGCUCUGUCAAGCCUCUGUUAAAGUGGAGCCGUCCAGUCCUGCUGUCAUCCAGGAGAGAAAAGAAGUUCUGGAGAAGGUACGUCAAAAGAACCAGGAGAUGAAGGUUCUGAUGGAUCAGAUGAGGAACCUGCUGUGGGACGUCAAUGCCAUGCUGACGCUCAGGAAAUGAUGAAUCUUCACGAGACCCAUUCUCUGUUUAAGAGAGGAAUUCCUUCAUAGGUGUACAGACUGUGUCAAAGCAAAGACCAGGUGAAAGAAGGGAAUGUGUGUUGGAUUGUGGAUACUGGACCUGAACCCUCAACUCUGUUACACCCACUUUGU